GCCUCGUGAAACCUUGAGACUUUUUGCAAACCCCACACUAUAAAUUCUCCUUCUACUCUCUUCAAUGGACGCCUUCUCAGGAAUCAGCUUCCCUGUCCCAUUCGCUCCCCUGCUGUUUCGCUUCGAUGCUACGCAUCUUCUUCUGGUUCGAGUUCGCGUCUCGAGUCCUGUAGUUGAAAUGGACGAUACUGUUUUCCGAGAACCUAUUUUAUGUCAAAACAUCCCGAGAAUUGUUCCUGGUAAUUUUCAUUGUCUAACCUUUGUCUUGUCAUCCCGAGAAUUGCUCGAGGUUUACGACUUCAAAGGACCAGGCAUUAGGCUUACAAUGUAUAAUGUUGACGAGUCUAUUCAAGCAUUUGCAGAGUCGUCAAUGUCACUGGCAUUUGAGAAGAAGUGGCCCUUUUAUCUGAGCACUAAGAAUACAAUUCUUAAGUCCCUGUUUAAAGAUAUAUUUCAAGAAGUGUACGAGGAAAAGUGGAAGCAGAAGUUUGAAGAAAAUUUGAUAUGGUACGAACAUCGGUUUAUUGAUGACAUGGUAGCCUAUGCUAUAAAAAGUCAAGGUGGAUACGUUUGGGCUUGCAAAAAUUAUGAUGGGGAUGUUCAGAGUGAUUUACUCGCACAGGGAUUUGGUUCUUUGGGGCUAAUGACUUCUGUGUUGUUGUCAUCUGAUGGGAAGACAUUGGAAGCUGAGGCGGCUCAUGGCACUGUAACGCGGCAUUACCGAUUACAUCAAAAGGGACAAGAAACCAGUACCAAUAGUUUGCAUGGACACGGGGCCUUGAGCAUAGUAUUAAAAUAUUGCAGGGCCAAAUUAGAUAAAAAUGAGAGGCUACUGGAUUUUGUUCAGAAGUUGGAAGCUUCAUGCAUUGAGACGGUGGAAUCCGGGAAAAUGAUAAAGGAUCUUGCCUUGCUGAUACAUGGACCCAAGGUUUCAAGGGAGUUUUACUUAAACACCGAGGAGUUUAUCGACGCCGUAGCACACAAUCUGGUGGCGAAACUCCAGCGACCCCUUGUAACGGUCAACUAAAUGACUUCCAGGUGAGAUGAUUCUUUACCUCUUUUACUGAAGCAGAAGUUGGUUUUGUGAUAACUACGUGCAUUU